AUGUCGACAUCGCCGGAGCCAAGGCCAUCGCGAGCAGAUCUCACAUAUCCUUACCCGAAUCUGAAGGACAAUAGCCUCGACGAAAAUCAUUUGGACCAAACAUGUCCGCUCGACAUUGGCAGACAUCAGCUGGAGCCGGUGCACGACUUAGGCGACCUUGACAGACUGCCCUGCGAGCUCAUAGACCAGAUUCUAGCCCAGAUCUACCUGCGCUGUCUCUUCGAUUUCCGCCGCGUUAACCAGCGUGCAAUGCAAGCCGUGGAUGGUAUACCAGAAUUCAAGCAGAUCGUCAAGCACCAUCUGGUCGUCAUCCGAGCAGUACUCGCCAUCGAAGUGGCUUCUCGCAUCUCCUGCAUACAGCUCCUUCAAACACUGAAAACCCCCAACUGUACGCACUGCGGCGACUUCGCUGGAUACAUCUACGCAUUAGACUGUCGCCGCGUCUGCUUUUUAUGUUUCACCAAAAGAACUGAUCUUCUUCCGCUCACGGCGCGCCAAGUCUUUCGGAAGUUCGGCCUCGACUCCUCUCUUCUCUUGGAUCUGCCUCGUCUCAGGAGUGUCCCCGGGUGCUACUCGCCAAAUGAAAAGAAUUGUCGCAAGCGUGUGGUCCUGUAUGACCCCGACUCAGCCCACCGAGCAGGAGUCGCAUUGCAUGGCUCACAGGCAGCGAUGAUGGAGUUUGCAGCAAGUACCCUCUCGAGUCACAUGGACGAGUAUGAGAAUCGAAAGCACAAGUACUUCGAAAAAGGCUUUGGCCGAAAGCCGCGAAGACCAGCCGGUGCUGGGGAAGAGCAUGAUGGUUUGUCAGGGAAUGCCCGCCGCUUCAUGGGCAUUAGGAGGCUUACGGGUGUUACAUCUGCCUUCAAGGACAUAAUCGCGGUCAAUCCAUGCACGGCAUUGAACGAGGCCAUGGCCAAAGGGCGAGAUCCAGCUGCUCCAAGCAAGCGUCGACGCAGACGACGAUGGCUACUUUCGACCCCUAUUCCACGGCCAGCACAUCAAUUAGUGAAGAAGCUCCGCACGAAUGUAUACGAAGCGAAAGUACCAUCGCUGGCUGAAAAUGCAAUCGCCAAGUUCGCGAGGUUCAGCUGGGAGAUCGAUCACAUUGACCAAGAGUGCGCAGCUUACCAGUGGAUCGCAAGCCACGAGAUCGGACCUAACUUCCUGGGAAAUAUCGUCGAGGAGCAAAGAGUCAUCGGCUUUGUUUCGAGCGCGUAG